CCAUGGCUCUCGAGCUAAAACCGUCGUAUUUUCUAACCAAAACAGCUUUUUACUUCCAAAACCCCCAAUCUCCAAUCCCCAACACCGCCUUUCCUCCACUCCUGCCGCGCCGGAAAGCGGCUUAUUUCCCGGACAUCUCGUUUUCUCUCCGGAAAACCAGUUUUCGUGCCGUUUCGGCGGUUUUGGAAACGAAGGAGACGCCUCUGGCGGAGCAAUCAGCUCCUCCGGUGAGAAUAGUCGCUCUCGUUGGAGAUGGCAGCGUCAGCCCUUUAAAAUGCGCUCCAUGGGUGGAGGUUAUGCUUCACACUGCACAAAGGCUAAAAUGGGUGGAUGAAGGAUUUGAGAUGCUUGUGUUUACAGACAACCUCCAUCAAUCCAAUGCUGAUGCGGUUGAAACCCUGAAAAUGGAAUUAGGCCGGGCUGAUGUUAUGGUCAUUGUUGCCGUUACCACUCAAGAAUCAGUCGAAUGGGUUCGAGCAAAUUGCAAGAAUAUUCCAAACAUAAUCUGCUUUGAUUCAUCCCCUGCUUUGGUAAACAAACUGGGAGGAUCUUAUGUUCAUACUGAAACCAAAGGGGAUGUUUUUGGCAAAAUUGCUGGAAUUUAUCAGAAAGAAGCAAAUGAAUCUGCGGAAGUAGUUAAAACAGUAUCUGAGGCAUGGCAGCGGUGUAAUUCUGACGAUAUAAGGUUUUGCAUACUGGUUAUAAUCAAUGCAUAUAUAAGGCCUGUGCCGAUCCUGAAGAACUUGAGAGCAAAGGGCUUUUCUACCCUGAGCUGCAUGGUGUCCAACUGCGGCCCCCAGAUACUGAACUGCCUCCUGGACCCUGACUGCCGGAAGGCUCUUCAGUGCUUGAACAACUGUAGCCCAGUCGAUCAGGUGUGCAAUUACCGGUGCAUUGCUUCCUAUGAAAGUCCAAACCUGGAGGCGUUUUCACUCUGUGUGCUACAGAAAAACAAUUGUCUUGGGCUGGACGCGAAGGUCCCAGAAAAGCCUUAUGUCCCUCCAAUGGCUAAGUUUCGAGGGGGGGACUUGUGUCAUGAAACUGCUGAAGAUCUUUUCGUUGGUUGGCUGGGGUGCCUGGACUGGAGCUGGCGGGUCGUGGCGGGGCAGAACCCAGCUUACGAUCAGUUUCCUUGCCAGUACCAGCUGUUCUACAGGGGAAAGGCAAAGGGCUCGUUCUGGUAUGAGCCAGUCUUUCAGGUGAAGACUUUGGAAGGGAAGGUGGUGUGGAGGAGGCGCAGGUAUCGGGUUAAGAGAGGCAAAGUUCCAGGGACAUUUUACUUCAGUGUCUUGGAUAAUGGGGUUGUUUCAAAUGAGUUCUGGACAAUCGUGGAUGUGCCUGAUGAUCUUAGCUGGGGCUUGUUUCAUUAUAACGGGGCUGCUCGAGCCGCCGGACAGUCUUAUUCUGGGGCUGUGCUGGUGAGUCCAGACGGGGCAUAUCCGAAUGAGAAGGAAAGCAGAAGAUUACUGUCUGCCUUGGAGGAGUGUGGAAUUAAGGAAUGGGAGAUGUUUACAGUGAACAACUCUUCGUGCCGAGAUCCACCUCUGGGAAUUCCAGAUGGGUCGAGUCUGCACAAGAUGAUCCAAGUGAAGGAAAAUUAACUGGAAGCAAAUGUUUUCCAAGAUUUCAAAUAAUGGUAGAUGAUUUCAGAUUGUUUCACAGAACAAAAGUAGGCGUUUGGGCAAUGUCCAGAAGCUUGUUUCAGGUUGAUUCUGAGAGACAACAGAGUACAUUCCCCAUUGGUUCUGGAUCAGGCAAUUAGAGCUCUGAAUACAUUCUCAACAGUGGAAGUAAACAUGCUAGUAAAAAAGCCUUCUUCAGAAAGUUCCAAAAGGGUAAAGCAACAUAAACAAUUUAUUGAUUUUCUUCUCUGGCAUCAGAAUUCAUUCUCCAUCCACCGGACUCUGUUUCCUCAGGUGGACCUUCAAGUUGAGGAGUUAAUCAAAAUGCUGUCAAGAUAUCAAUAGGUUUGGUAUCAUGAUCAGAACUCAAUUCUCGCAACAAAACAAAGGUCUACUCAACAUGAAUUACAUGUUAUUAAAACCUUUCAUAUGAAUCUUUCAGAAAAUUUUUAACUAAUAUUAUCAACAAAUAUAUUAUUAUUGCAUA